UAUGGCAUCGUACAGUCAUUCGACUACAGGACAAACACAGUGAUAGUUCGUUGUCAAACUGACAAUCCAAGAACAGUUCAAUACAUAUGUAACAGAAACGGAACGUGGACAAAAGAAACAUCAUGUAGACCGAUACAAAUUCAGGAAAUACGUCUUGUUGGCAUAAAUAGUUCUUUAUUGGCUGGUACAGUGGAAAUAAAGAUAAACAACGUUUGGGGAACUAUUUAUGCUGACGAAUUAGGAUAUAGCGAAGCUCGGGUUCUUUGUGGAAUGAUGAAUUACAGGUACAGGUACAUAUAUGCAGGAUUUGGUCCUGGGACCGGUACAAUUCAUAUGGGCUCACUUCGCUGCACUGGUUCCGAAAAGAACAUAAACGAGUGUGUAUUUACCAAUGAGACAACGUGGAGCUAUGCAAACGAUGCCGGUAUCAUAUGCGGAGACUAUGGAAAGGUAAAUAUCACAGGCGUUAGGCUGGUGGACGGAUCAGGAAAAUCUAACGGAAUUGUUGAAUUGCUACACGGCGGUGUUUGGCGUUCGCUGUGUGGGUCAUUAUACCAGCCAGACAAACUUUGCAGUUCGUUGAACAUGACUUAUUUAAGCCAUCGCUGCUGUUCAAAACAUGAACAUAGAAGUGGAUUGAUAUAUAGUCCCAGAUUAUGGUGUUACUCAACAAAUACCUACAUUGGUGAAUGCAGAUAUGACUCAUAUUAUUAUGUCAGGUAUCUGGCAUCGGGAUCUUGUGGUGGUUCAAACAUACUAGUUUGCUCAGAAUGCCCGAAACUAAAUGUGUCUAUGGGUAGUAUUGUGUACUCUGAUGACGGGGCUACCGCUACACUUCUAUGUAAUGAAGGAUAUUUUUCAAAUAUAACAUCAUUUCGAUGUCAAGGUGGCAAUUGGUCUGACAAUAAUAUUACUUGUAUUUUAAGUCCGCCACUUAAUGUUACGCAUGUACGGCUCGCUGACGGUUUUAACUCAAACGCCGGAAGAUUGGAAAUAGCUGUAAAAAAUGCGUAUGGCACAGUAUGCGCCAAAGAUUUUAGCUUUGUCGACGGUGAUAUUGCAUGCAAAUCUAUAAAUAUGAGCUACCGUGUCGCUGCAGUCUACAACGUAUCAUAUUUCGGGCCAGGUUCUGGACAAAUCUACAUCGAUCAACUGGACUGUACAUCUUCUCGAAACCACAUAAAAGAUUGUUAUUACAGGAAAACGGGCAUUUGCGAUCACUCAAACGAUGUUUCAUUGGUUUGCAGCGAAUGUGGCAAACCUGUCACGGUCCUAGAUGACAGGAUGUUUCAGUUCAAUGACUCGAACGUAGUUAUGUACGGGGAUUGUUCGUUUUAUAAGUCUUACGUUGGUCAGCUGCGCGCGAUCUGCGACAAAGGCACGUGGACAACACUUGGGAAUUGCAUCGAAUACAGUAAACCCAUGAAUGUACAAGGUGUUCGUCUUGUGAAUGGGAGAACUCAUGCGGAGGGGAGGGUCGAGAUGAAAGUAUUUGCCACAUGGGGUACCGUAUGUAGUGCUCACUUUGGGAUGAAGGAAGCUGAAGUGGUUUGCAGAAUGAUGGGAUACUUGCGUGCUCAGUCGUUUACUGGGAUUGGCAGUAGUGGAGUAGGAACUGGUCCCAUUUUCAUCGACAAGCUUAACUGUGGGAACGACGCCUCUCAUAUCAACGACUGUGAAUACACCACGUACCAUAACUGUUCACACGAUCAGGAUGUGUCUGUGGCGUGUUCUGAUUGUGACAACGUUGAAGUUCAUGAAGGUCGCAUACUGACCCAUCCCGUCAUCACAACAGUCAAUGCCACGCUAACGUUUUCCUGCAAUGAAGGAUUCGAAAUGCUGGGAGCAGACACCAUAAAAUGUGAACGUACCGGAAAAUGGAGCAGUUCACCACCUACGUGCAUGAAGAAAUCAAAUAUGACUGUGUUGCUCGCUGCUUCCGUUUCAUCCGGGACCUUGAUCGUUACUGCAAUUAUAGCUGUUUCUGUGUUCUGCUUCAAGCGAAGAAGAAAUCGAACGUUGAGCAACAAUUACAGAAAAUCAAUAGAUAGGUGCGUUACGACAAAACCUAAUACUUACUUAUCAUCAGUUAACACAGUCGAAGAUGGUAAAUUGUUAAUAUGCUUUUAG